AUGACCACUUGGUCCUGCCUAUUCCUGCUGAUCGGCCUUGGCCUUCUGGCCGUCGAUGCCGCCGCUCCCUGGUGGAAGACAGCCUCGUUCUAUCAGAUCUAUCCGCGAUCCUUUAAGGACACCGAUGGCGAUGGAAUCGGUGACUUAAAUGUAGUCACAGAGAAAUUGGAAUAUCUUAAGGAGAUCGGCGUGACUGCCACUUGGCUGUCGCCUUUUCUCAAAUCACCCAUGGCCGAUUUUGACUAUGACAUAUCCGACUUCAAAGACGUAGAUCCACUCUUCGGCGACAUGGAGGACUUUGAAAACAUGGUUGCCCGUGCCAAGGAGCUGAAUGUGAAGAUCAUCCUGGAUUUCGUGCCCAAUCACUCUAGCGAUGAAUGCGACUGGUUCAUCCGCUCUGCUGCUGGCGAGGAGAAGUACAAGGACUACUAUAUUUGGCAUCCCGGCUUCGUCGAUGACAACGGGCAGCGUAUUCCCCCCACCAAUUGGGUGAGUGUGUUCCGCGGAUCGGCCUGGGAGUGGCAUGAGGGCCGCCAGGAGUACUACCUUCACCAGUUCCACAAGAAGCAAUUCUUCCGCAAUCCCGUGGUGCGCGAGGAGAUGAACAAUGUCCUUCGCUUCUGGCUGGAGAAGGGUGUGGACGGCUUCCGCGUGGACGCCAUCUACCAUGCCUUCGAGAUUGAGGCGGACGAGAAUGGAAACUAUCCGGAUGAGCCCCGCAACGAUUGGACCGAUGACCCAGAUGAGUAUGGCUACACCCACAAAAUCUACACCGUGGAUCAGCCAGAGACCCCUCACCUAGUAUUCGAAUGGCGUGAGAUCCUCGAACAGUUCCAAGCCGACAAUGGGGGCGAUGAGCGAAUCCUUAUGGUGAUAACCUGGUCACCCAUUGAGAUCGUCAUGGACUACUAUGGCAAAAGCACGGCGGAUGGGGCCCAGACACCGUUCAACUUCCAGUUGAUUAGCAAUCUGCACUACGACUCCGAUGCCUAUCACUACGAAUACCUGAUUAACAACUGGCUUAACCUUAUGCCAGCUGGGAAGAGCGCCAACUGGGUGGUAAGUGCUAUCGCGAGACUCCAACCGCACUCGCAUGGCAUUCAAUCGGUGACACAUUCCGAUCAGAUUGGCAACCAUGUCAAGAACCGCGUGGGCUCCCGCUUCGGCGCCAAUCGGGUCGACCUGUUCAACAUCCUGCUGCUGACGCUGCCCGGCUGCAGUAUCACCUACAACGGCGAGGAGAUCGGCAUGCUCGAUGGCUACGUGUCCUGGGAGGACACUGUGGACCCGCAGGCCUGCAACGGCUAUGAGGAGAACUACAUGGCCAUGUCACGCGAUCCCGCUCGUACCCCAAUGCACUGGUCGGACGAUAAGAUGGCUGGAUUCACAACCGGAUCGACCACGUGGUUGCCGGUGGGCCAAGACUAUGCCGAGCGUAACGUGAAGACAGAGCGCGAAGUCUCUCUCAGCCACCUAAACAUCUUCAAGCGGCUGCAGCAGCUCCGCAAGGAGCCCACCAUCGAGGAGGGCUCUGCCGAGAUCAAGGCAGUCAGCAACUACGUCCUGGCCGUUAAGCGUUACCUGAGCGGCAACUACGUCUACAUUUCGCUGUUCAACAUUUUCAACUCCAUCGAGAAUGUGGAUCUGACCCAGGUGUUCGGUGGUCUGCCCGCCAAGUUCCAGUAUGCCCUUGUCAUACUUAUGUACAUAUGUACAGUAUGA